UGUACGCGUCACAUCAAUCCCACAGUUCCAUGAGGCCAAGAUGGCGGCGUUGUUGGAGCGCAGCUUCGUAGAAAUUUGCGGGUUUGAGAGAGAAACUUUCCACAGAUUCAAAGAAGUAACCGUCAACCUCGGUCUCAGUCCACUUCCUGGUGGCAGGUUUCCAGACGGUGCUGGGGCUUUUCAUUAUGAAGACGGUGGGAAGCUUCUUUCUGUCACCAGCAACAGGUUCAUCCACUGUUCAUUUGAAUUCAGCCCAAGCAGUGACCAGAUUGUUGGGAUAUGCAGAGGAACGGUGCCCCCUAAAAAAAUCGGCCUGCCUGCCUCCACUGCGCAUGUUGUCCUCAUGGAGCAGAGCUGUCUGCUGGAGGCCGACAUGCUGGAGUACAUGCCGGCGUGUAGAGGGGUGAAGCGCCUGGCGGGUCAGGGCCAUCGGCUGAAGGUGGCCUUCUCCUCCUCCACGGGCCUGUGUCUGGCCGUCCACUUGGCGGUGCCGCAGAGGGGCCAGUUCACCGUGCUGCAGUUGGUCGCCACCGACAACAACCGCUACAGCCUUGAACACAUCUCCUCGCUGUUCCCCACGCAGGAGACCCUGGUGGAUUUCGAGCUGACUUCCACCGAUAUCUGGGGUCUGUGGCUUGACGACUCAAACACCACCACAGUGAAAUACAUCAACUUUGAACAUAAUACUGCAGGUCAGUGGAAUCAGGUGUUUGUUCAGCCACCCCCAGAGGAAGAAGUCAACGUGGGAGUGGACCAGGACCCCAGGGAGACGUACCUGGAAGCGCUGUUUUCUCCGCUGCGCUUCACUGCCUCGGCCAUCGUUAAAGCCCUGCAGAUUUACCGGAGGGGCUCGGAGAGGAUCGCUGACCUGUCUUGGGAAACUCUGAAAAGGGAGGUGACCCUUGCUGUCGAGAGUGAGCUGCAGAGCAGCGUCCGCAGGUUUGAGUUCUGUCAAGAAGAAUACAGACAGCUGCAGAUGGAGUUCUGGUCCAAGUUCUACGCCUGCUGCUUGCAAUACCAGGAGGCUCUGUCCAUGCCUCUGGGCCUGACCGUGAGCCCGCACACAGCCAUGGUCUGCCUGCUGAAGAAGGGUUUUGUGUCUUUCCUUCUCCCUUGUUUUGCUGUGGAUCAUUUGUACCUGUCCUGUGACGAGUACCUUUUCUCGGAGGAGGAGACGCCAAUCGCUGACGACCCUGAAGUGGGCCGAGAUAUUCUGCAGCUGGUCCAGUGUGUGCAUCUGGUGAGCGAUGCCGUGUCUCCAGAGAUGACGUAUGAGAUUGAGAAGGCUCUGGAACAUCUACAGUCACCUGAAAGAGCUGCUGAGCUCGUCCUGGAAAGCUUGCUAUCCAACGACAAUGAUAACGUGAUUGAGGACAUUCAGAACAAACUGCAGGACAUUCGUAACCCGAUAGCGGCCAUAAGUGUUCUGCUGAGGGAGAUGGAGCUGGAGGUGGACUCGGACCUCAGAGGGGAAAGCUCUGUGCUCGCAGGACAGAGCCUGGACGUGCGGCUCAGCCUGUCUCAGCUGUACAGCAGUAGUUCUGCAGUGUCUGUUGUUUGUCAGGCCGUGUGUCACAUGGCCAUGACCAGAGCGCCGUUCUGCCGUGACCUGCUCAUCCUGCAAAAGCUCUACCUCCGCUUUGGAGACAACGUCUUCCUGGGUGGAGGUGCUCAGCUGCUGCAGCUUCAGCAGGACUUGAUUCCUCGUAGCUCUCAUCUCCUUUCAUCUUAUUAUGUCCUGAAACACGUCAGCCAGAGCCUCGCCACCGCGGUCCCCGUGGACAUCAUAGAUGCCAACCUGCAGCAUCUGUCCGUGCUGGAGCUGUCCGAGUCCUCAGCAGUCACCGUCCAGGGAUCAGUACUCAGUCCACAGACGGUUGUGGAGCUCUUCUAUCAGAAUGUAGCCCGGAAGUCCAUCAUCUCCCAGAUCUUCUCCCAGCAGCAGAGCCCUUCUCUGGGUAAUGCCGUGCUCCACUGGCCCCACAUGAUCUCCAACAUCGUCAACAUGUUGGCACAGCUGCUUUGGCCGAGUAACCCUGGUUUCCAGUUCCCAGAGUGCCUGAUGGCCAACUGCCAGUACAGGCAGCUGCAGGAGUACGUGCGGCUGAUCAGCCCCUGGUGUCAAGUCAACAUCGGCUCCUGUCGCUUCAUGCUGGCUCAGUGUUACCUGGCAAAUGGGGAGGGCCACAAGGCUCUGCGGUGUUUCCAAGAGGCAGCGACUGAGGUGGAGAAGGAGGAGUUUUUGAGGAACCUGACAGGAACUGAGGAGGAAGAGGCUGCCUCCAUCCCACAGCUACAGUACUACAACAAGGUGCUGCGGCUGCUGGAGGAUUUGAGUCUCCCGGAGCUGGUCAUCCAGCUCGCCACGCUGGCUAUAACUGAAGCAGUCAAUGAUAUCAGCAGUCAGGCUGCUCUGUGGACGAGAAUAUUCAAGCACCACCUGGAUCUGGGUCACAAUAGCCAAGCCUACGAGGCGCUUACGCAGAACCCGGACUCGAGCAUGCAGCUGGACUGUCUGCGCCAGCUGGUGGUUAUUCUGUGUGAGCGUUCUCAGCUCCAUGACCUGGUACAGUUCCCCUACGUCAACCUGCACCAUGAGGUCGUCAGUAUCAUCGAGUCUCGGGCCAGAGGCUUGGACCUACUUUCUCACAACUACUAUGAGUUACUCUACGCCUUCCACAUCAACAGGCAGAACUACAGGAAAGCUGGGACGAUAAUGUUUGAGUUGGGAAUGCGUCUGGGUCGCGAGGUCCGGACUCGGCUCGGCCUUCAAAAGCAGGUCAACUGUUACCUGGCUGCCCUGAACUGCCUCCGCCUGAUCAGACCGGACUACGCCUGGAUCGUCCAGCCGGCCUCGGGAGCAGUGUAUGAGCGUCCAGGAGCGUCCCCAAAGCGGAACUCUGAUGGAGAGCUUGCUCCAGAAUCAGACAUCAAACAUCAAGUGGACAUCCAGGAGCUACAGGACCUGGAGAAGGAGUACAUCCUGGCCCGCAGCCGCCUGACCCUGGCCCGCCACCACCUUCCAUCUGCAGCAAUCGCUGGUGGUGCCUCUGCAGUGGAGAUGGUGUCCUUGUUGGUUCAAACAGGACUGUUUGAUUGUGCUCUGUCCCUCUGCCAAACCUUCAAACUUCCCCUGACAUCCAUCUUUGAGGGUCUGGCCUUCAAGUGCAUUAAGCUGCAGUACGGUGGAGAAGAAGCUCAGAGUGAAGCCUGGACCUGGUUAGCUGCCAACCAGCUGUCCACCGUCGUCAACACCAAAGAGUCGAGUGCCACAGACGAGGCCUGGCGGCUGCUGUCCUCCUACCUGGACCGGUACCCGUCUGUCUGUGGCAGACACCACCACUGCAUCAUCAGCAAGCUGCUGUCUCACGGUGUCCCGCUGCCUGACUGGCUGGUUAAGUCCUACAAGGGAGUGGACACGCCCGCUCUGCUCCGCCUCUACCUGAACUAUGACCUGCUGGAAGCAGCGGCUGAGCUGGUGAUGGAAUAUGUGGAUGCUGUGCUGGGAAAGGGACACCAGUACUUUGGACUUGAGCGCCCUCUUUCUGCCACGGCGCCGUCCGUCUGGCUGCCGUACACAAUGAUCGAUCAGCUGCUGCAGGCGCUGAACAAGACGCAGACCAACACCAGCAUGUACAACAAAGUCCGAGACAUGGACAGCUACCACAAGCAGGUGACCUGGCCACUAAACGCCGGCUCUGAUUGGCUGAAGUCCAGCGGCUCGGAGGAUGCUUCAGACUGCCGCAUUAUUUUUCUCCACUUGUUUUGUAAAUAUUUCUUGUCUGUGUCUCCUGAUGGACAUCUGAAGCUGCCGAACGUUUUGUACUUGUGAUGUCAUCAGGCUGUAAAGAGAUUAAAGUUUUUUGUCUGUUC